AUGGAAGAGUUUUGUUUGCUGCUGAAUGACGACGAGAUUGUUGCUGCUGAGGCUCCUGGAGUCCAGAUUGAUCAACCUGAAGUGCAGCCACUACUCUCGAUCGAGUCAGACAUCAUCGUCCUCAAGCCGAUUUUGCUUGAUCCUUACCAGCCAGUUGAUCCAUCAUCAGGCCGCCUACUCAGUCAAAGCCAUAAGGAAGUGAUUCACAAGUUCAGAAGAGACCUCAGUGAGAUUGGAGUUGAGUUGCCUUCUAUGGAAAGCAUGAGUGAGGCAUUUGAGCAAAUGAAGUUGAUUCAAGAUGUUAUGGCUAACAAGGAAAAGUUUCAGAGCUUCUGGAGAUGUCUACUCACCAAAUCAACCUGCUUACCUCACCUACUUUCUUACCAAAGGUGA